AUGAAAAUGUCUAAAGCAGCAAAUUAUUUUCCUGAAACAGAAGAACGUGUUUGUCUUGUUGUUGGAACAACUACAAAUGUAUUAUCUGUUUAUGAAUUUUUAUCAGAUACAAUAAAAGAAAGUUUUCCAACUGGUGUUAUUAUUGGAAAAGGUGUUUCAACUAUUGAAAAUAUAAAACAUGAUACUAAUGCUUCACUUACAAUUACACCCAAAUCUGAUAUGCCAGAAAGGGCUAUGACUAUUACUGUUGACGAUGAAGUUCGAAUAAAAGCUUUGGAAAUUGUUUUAGAAAAGAUAUUAGAAGAUCUUCAUCAUGAUAGUGUACCAAGUGUUAAUUAUUCCAAUGGGAAAGGUUCAUCAAUUAAUCUUCCAUCAAUUAUGAAUGAUGUUCAACCAUUUCAUGAUCGUAUAUAUCAAUCUUUUUUUGUUAUUUCAACAUUUGAUUAG